AUGUUCUACGUGAUGUUCAAUGUCAUGAUUCGUUUUGUGAAUCCUGUCAUGAUUUCCCCCAUGCUCGAGGCCGUGAAUCCCGAAGUGUCCCCAGGACGCAUGCCUUGA